GACUUUGUUUUCUUCACUUUGCGAGUAUAUUUUAACUAAAAUGAUAUUUUUAAGAGUUUGUGUUUUUUGUUACAUAUUCUACACAUCCAUAUUUUAGUCAGAACUUCAGUUAAAAUCAGUGGAAGUGAUGAAAAACGUAGCUAAAAUGCUAAAAAAGGGCAAGCCGAGCUGUGUAUCCCUCCGCGCGGCUGGAGGAAAGUAGUGCGCGGAGUGAGCAGGAAUCGUAUGAGUCUAAUUUUCAGCUCGCGGUUUGUUUCAUCGACAAUAAAACACAAAGAAAGAAAAACUCAUCGGAGGAAACCGUGAUAUAAAAGUUGGGAAUCUUUUUCCAGAUGUCUCUGGUGGAUCUGGGGAAGAAGUUGCUGGAGGCGGCUCGCUCUGGACAGGAUGACGAGGUUCGGAUCCUCAUGGCCAACGGAGCUCCGUUCACCACAGACUGGCUGGGCACAUCGCCGCUCCACCUCUCAGCUCAGUACGGUCACUACUCAACCACCGAAGUGCUGCUGCGCGCCGGCGUCAGCCGAGACGCUCGCACCAAAGUGGACCGAACCCCUCUGCACAUGGCUGCCUCGGAAGGCCACGCCUCCAUCGUAGAGGUGCUGCUGCAGCACGGCGCCGAUGUGAAUGCUAAGGACAUGUUGAAGAUGACGGCUCUGCACUGGGCGGUUGAACAUGGACAUGGUGACGUGGUGGCGCUGCUGCUGCGGUUCGGCGCUGACGUUCACGCUCAGAGUAAAUUCGGCAAAACGGCGCUCGAUAUUGCGCUCGACAACAACAACGAGGACCUGGCGGAAAUCCUGCAGGUGGCGAUGCAGAACCAAAUCAACACAAACCCCGAGAGUCCCGACAUGCUGACCAUCCACACCGCGUCACCCCAGUUCAUCAUCGGCCCGGGGGGAGUGGUCAACCUGACGGGCCUCAUCUCCCCCUCCAACACCGCGAAACCUACAGUGAUGGCUACUGAGGAGGUGGUGACUGCAGACUCCGUCGACGGCGCCAUCCAGCAGGUCGUGACCUCCGGAGGUCAGCAAGUCAUCACCAUAGUAACUGACGGCAUUCAGCUAGGAAACCUGCAAGGGGGCGGAGCCAUCAACCAGCCCAUAAUAGUCACCAUGCCUGACGGGCAGCAAGUGUUGACAGUUCCAGCCACAGACGUAGCGGAGGAGACGGUGGUGAGCGACGAACCAUCGCUCAAGCGAGCGAGACUGGAAGAGGAAGAAGAGGAGGAAGAAGAGGAGAACACCACCACACACACACACGAGACGAAGGUCACAACACACACACACACACACACACACACACACACACACGAGACGAAGGAGAAGGUGGCGUUGUUGAAGCAGUUGGAGGAGGCGAACAGAGAAGCUCAGAAAUACAGACAGCAGUUCCUGAAGAAGGAGCAGGAGGCUGAGGCGUACCGCCAAAAACUGGAGGCCAUCACACGGCAGGGGGGGAAGAAACCGGCGUGACACACACACACACACACACACACACACACACAAAAGGCAUGUGUCUGUAUCAUAACUGGUUUCUCAACAUACCAAGAUAAUAUUCUUAUCAGGAACACUUCAAAAUUUCAUCUUGUCCACUAUGUAGGCUCCCUACGUAGGCAGCAUUCCCUGCUAAAUGAAACAUGCCCCUGCCUUUUAAUGGUCGCUAUUUGGGCAUUAUUUAAGACAGUACCGUAAUUCAUGCAUUUAUUUUUAAAUGUAUAUCAUCAUGUAUAGUAAGUAUAGUUUCAUAUCGACACAUGCCCACACACACACACACACACACACACACACACACACACACAACUGAUUGCUAAGAGACUCUUUCUCACACACACACACACUAAAGUUUUUUGUUGCAUUUUUUAAAAGACAUAUUUGUGUACCAACCCACAACAUCAUCCAAUCAUCAGUCAGAACCCUGUGCCCCACCUAGUGCACUUAAUUCGGGAAGCAUUAAUAUUUAGUGCACUUGUGAAAUCCCACAAUGCAUUGCAGUAUGUUAGCGUCCAAUCCCUGUGUACUCUUAACGUAGAGAUUAAGGGCCCCGUUGUGUUUUUUUUUUUUUUUUUUUUUUCGAUAUUAUGUGACUUUGUUUCUGAGUCGAAUGUGAUAACGUGGAUUGUGUGGAAUAAAUGUUGCUGUAGCGA